AUGUGUGAGGCAGGAGUCGCUGUCAUAGGGCUCCAUUGGGCGUCUAAAAAGCCUUUCCUUCCUUCCCUUUCUCCCUCCUCAGUCUCUAAGAAGCACGGGAAACUCAUCACCUUCUUGCGCUCCUUCAUGAAGUCCAGGCCCACCAAGCAGAAGCUGAAGCAGAGGGGCAUCCUCCGGGAGAGGGUGUUUGGCUGCGAUCUGGGAGAACACCUCCUCAACUCAGGACACGAUGUGCCCCAGGUCCUCAAGAGCUGCACAGAGUUCAUCGAGAAGCAUGGCGUGGUGGACGGCAUUUACCGCCUCUCUGGGAUCGCCUCGAAUAUCCAGAAACUGCGGCAUGAGUUUGAUUCGGAGCAGAUCCCCGACCUGACCAAAGAUGUUUACAUCCAGGACAUCCACUGCGUUGGCUCGCUCUGUAAGCUCUACUUCAGAGAGCUGCCAAACCCCCUGCUCACCUACCAGCUCUACGAGAAAUUUUCUGAUGCCGUCUCAGCGGCAACGGAUGAAGAACGGCUCAUCAAAAUCCAUGACGUCAUCCAGCAGCUUCCCCCGCCGCAUUACAGGUCCAAACAGAUUGAGUCAGCCUGUUUCAGCGGCACAGCCGCCUUCAUGGAAGUGCGAAUCCAGUCUGUCGUGGUGGAGUUCAUCCUCAACCACGUGGACGUGCUCUUCAGCUCAAAACUCAGCUCGCUGAUUCGAGAAGGAGCAGGUCACAACUCCUUGUCUCGGCCAAAGUCCCUGCUGGUUUCAUCGCCCUCCACUAAACUUCUGACCCUGGAGGAAGCCCAGGCCCGGACCCAGGCUCAGAUAAACUCUCCUGUCACUGAAGACAGCAAAUAUAUCGAGGUGGGCGAGGGUCCGGCCGCCCUGCAGGGCAAGUUUCACACAGUCAUCGAGUUUCCCACCGAGAGGAAAAGACCUCCAAAUAAAUCCAAGAAGUCUCCGGUGGGCAGUUGGCGCUCCUUCUUCAAUCUGGGCAAGUCGUCCUCCAUGUCCAAACGCAAGCUGCAUCGCAACCCCAGUGAGCCCAACGAGCUGAAGUCCAUGGCCCUGCCCGGAGGCCGAGGGGACACGGCCACGUUGAGGUCAGCCAAAAGCGAGGAGUCACUGAGCUCCCUGCACAACGUGGAAGGAGAGUCCAAGGUGUACCGUCCUCGCCGGCCGCGCUCCAGCAGCGACGCCCUGUCGGCGUCCUUCAACGGCGAGCUGCUGGACAGCCGGCAGCACUGCAACUCCUACGAUAACCUGGACGCCACCGAGGACAGCGACGGGGAUGACGGGCCCAUCUGCGUGCCCGCCCUCAUCUCACCUCCCCGCUCAGCGGGGGAAGAUGUGGACCUCAGCCCGCCAGACAUCGGCAUGGCUUCCUUAGACUUUGACCCCAUGUCUUUCCAGUGCAGUGUCCCCGACACCUCCUACGCCUUCCCCUUGGAUGACUCGCCAGCUGGGGCGGAGGGCUCCACGUUAAAGAGGAGCCCUGCCACCAUCUGUAGCAAAGCCAAGGGCUCUGACCUCAUCUCUGCCUCCUUCCUCGGCGGCUUGUCCACUCCCUUGCUGUCCACAGACUGCAGCCUGUCAGAGGGGGAGAGGGCGGACAGCAAGAAACUGACCGCUUCCUUCUCGUACACUGAUAAACCCACACAGGCCGUCUCGCCCAUCAAAUGUGCAAAGACCACCACUUUGGCGUCAUUUGCCACCUCAGAGCUUUUCUCCGCGGAGACACUUGACAGAAACGCAGCUGGACAGGCCGUCUCCUCGCAGCCUCUGUCUCCUCCUCCGAGAGCCAGGGACUCCCCGCCCCUGAUGGGCAGUGUGCUGCUGCGGGCAGCCGAGCCCUCCCUGACUGAAGCCUUUCAGAUGGAGCUGCACUCUAAACUGGCGGCCUUCGACCUCGCGAACAGUCGAGACGUGAGCGGGGAGGACAGCGUGCAGCAGGUUCCAGCCACCAGCCGCCACGAUCACGGAGGUAGGAACCAAAGCAGCCCCCCCCCCCCCGACUGCAGCUCGGCAGGCCCAGGGCCUCCCGCUUUUGUGUGUGUUUGCUCUCCCCGCUCCUCACUUCCUGCUCUCUCUCUUACUGGUUGUUCAGUUGCACUUCCCUCAUGUUUUUCUCUGUUCCUGAUAGGAGUCAUAACUCCAGACUCUGCAAAGGACCUCUCCCCUCGUUCCCUCAGCUCUGCAGCUCCUACGUCUGCCCCCCCUCCCCCUCCACCUCCUAAGAAUGCUGCCUGCAUGCUGGCCCUGGCCCUGGCUGAGUCGGCCCAGCAGGUGUCGUCUCAGUCUGCUCAGACCCCCACACUGGUGUCCCCCUCCAGCCUUCGGGAACAGGCACCUGUGCACAUCCCACAUUUCCAGCGUGCCUCUGAGGAAGGGAGAAGUUGUUCCUCACCCCCGAACACCACCACCACCACAGCCGUAGCCUCAUGCUAUCCACCCAGCUCCGGUCCUCCAGUCAAACCAGAGCAGCCAGGGUUAACCAGCAGGAUCCCCGAGCCCCCGGACAGCGCCGCCUCCCCCACAGCGCCGCCUCAGACUCAGCCCGAAGCAGAGUCCACCCCUCCAAACACUCCACUUUACAAGUGCUCCCCACUUUCCAGCUCAGCCAACCCGACUUCUCCAACGAGGAAAAGUCCAGAGAGGAAGCAGCAGGUUCCAGUUCACAGCAGCUCACCCAGCAGCCCCCCAGCAUCCACCCCCAGCAGCUGGAAAGAGAGCAAAGCCCCGACACAGACGGGCGCAGAGGUAAAAACCACCUGUAUUUAUGGUGAUUGGUACAUUUUUAGGUGUGUUUUUGUGCGUUUUCCUCACCAGGUCAAAGGAGAGGACGCUGCACCAUCCCCACUGACUCCCAAACCGUCUGAACAGCCACUUCCAACAGCUCAGAAAGCCAAAAAGACGGCGGUCUCGCUGCCCCAGCACCAGGCGGCGGCUCAGCAGCCCACCCCGGCUCCUCUGUCGGCACAGCCGCCCACACAGAUCCAUUCACAGCCACACCUCUCAAAGGCCAGCGCCCGAGUGGCCCCCACCUCCGCCGAACCCUCGGAGAAGCCCUGGGAGGCCAUCAAACCCGUACAGCCCUGUACAGACUCCGAAAAACACAAUGACUGCCAUGGGCCCAAACCUCCAGCUCCUCCCGUCCGCACCAUGGAGAGCAAGCUGGCCACAGCCGCUCUCAGCCAAAGCGAGGCUUCCUACCACCUCUUCGAUCAGGGCUCUUCGGCGGCCACGCUGGGGGACGCUCAGCAACCCCACCCGCAUUCUCCUCGUAGGUCUUCCACCCACCAGCUGGCCUACCUUUACCACGCUAAAGGGGAGCCGGUGCUGAUUGAGCCUCCGGGAGCAGCCUAUUACCACCAGAGGCCCGUUCCUCUGGGGCCGCCGUCCAUUCCCCACCACUACAGAGCGGACGGCGCCGCCCCGCACUCGUACGCGUCAAAGUCGGAGCCUCAGAUCCCCUACAGCACUAGAGUUGAGAACAGAUACAGCACUUUAGGGCCCAGGUCCUACCACCACUCCAUGAAGCUGAGGGGAAACCCCCGGGGCGUGUACGUGUCUCCGGGGCCGGGCCAUCAGGGCUACAGCCACGACCGAGCCCACGGCUACCCCACCAUCCGCAGGGUGCACUCCCUCCACGUCCCCUCCACCAUCCGCUCCGUCCCCAUCCAGAGGACCGAGGUCCCCCCGGACGACGACAUGUACUUCUACCACCGGCCGGUCUACACCUGUAAGUCCUACCAGCAGCCGCCCCAGCAGGCCUCGCAGACCGACUACCACGUCACCCAGCUGCAGCCUUACUUUGAGAACGGACGGGUCCAGUACCGCUACAGCCCCUACUCGGGCUCCGGCCCCCUGGAGUCGCCUUACUAUGACAUAGACCCUUACGGCACCGUCCGAGUCAGGCACUUCCACUCCUACGGAGGCCGAGAAGCCGCGGCGGCCGCGGCGGCUUCUGCUGCUGCUGCCGGCCGACCGGGCGGCAAGGCGACCGGGUACCACUACCUGGCCCGCCACGUCCUGCCUCCAGGCAAGGAGCACAGCUUCGUGAGCAGGGACAUGCCCCCGGGUCACGGCAGCAAGGAGGCCGCCGCCUACCUGGCGUGGGACGCAGAGGAGGCCGAGCGGCUCCGCAUGCACUCCAUCCGCCGGGAGAGCAGGGCCCGGAUGAAGGUCAAGGGCCCUGUCCUGUCUCAGUACGACAACGUGGGCCUGUUCACACCAGCCGACAUGUCGGGCUACGAGACGCUGCACCUGCGGAGCAAGUCCGACCCGGGGAAGGCCGUGCUGUUGGCCGCCGAGAGCAAGGACGGCCGCUACCUCCCCAGACACAUGCUGUCCGACCCCGACGUCCUCCUGUACAUGGAGACGGACAAGCACGGCCACGACGGCGGGCCGGGCGACCGGUCGGAGGCGCUGUCCAAGCAGGGCGCGUCCAAGAAGGGCCAGUCCUCCCACUGCCCCCCCGCCGCUGCCAGCCACGGUCUGUCCCACCAGCAGGACGGAGAGGACGGGGGCAGGCCCAAGAGGCAGGACUACGCCGGCAAGAGGAGCGGCCAGCUGCGGUACGAGUGCCCCGACCCCGACCACCACCAGGGGAAAGCGCCCAGUUUCCACCAGGGCGCCGACGAGCAGCACGGGCGCUCCAAAGCGGAGCGAUCGCACAGCGUCCGGGAGGAGCAGCACUACGGCCAGAGCCAGGCGGACCCGGACAGAGACUACGGCUAUCAGAAGCCGGGCUCCAAACCCGUGCAGUCCCACUACGACAACUUGGACGAUUACCACCCAGUACCUCAGCCCAAAGCCCCGGCCCAGAAGCACGGCGGCUCGGGCCCCUUCCCGGCCCCGGGUUUCUCCGCCAGCAGCAGGGCCUACUCCACGGCCCUGGGCCAGGGGGCCUUCAUCCAGACUGAGCUGGCCAUGCAGAGGCCGGAGGCCGAGAUCUGCACAGAAUGA